GAUAUCGCGAACGACACUGGUCACACCGAUCGACGGCCACAUCAAAAUCUGGGGUCUGGCGUGUGACCCUGUUAUUUCUAUUCAGCAAUAAAAUAGCUGUGUAAUCUAAGAUAAGCUUUUCGCCAUUAUACUAGUGAUAUAUUAUAAAUUUUAGUGUAAUUUAUGUGGAAAAUAUGGAACGUGCAACGGGAACAGAAGUGUACGGGUGUGGCUCGACCCAAACUACGGACAUAACGUUGAAUAUACAAACGACCACGGGUGGUAACUUUUCAGUCAGUCUGAACGGUAAAAACACAGUGGAGCAUCUUAAGAAAUUAGUUUCGAAGAAACUUAAAGUGUCCAAAGAUCGGAUAUGUCUCUUGCAUCGCGAAAGACAAUUGAGGGAUGGCACUCUGGAGGAAAACGGCCUAUUGGACGGCUCGCGCGUCAUUCUGCUGCCGAGCGUCGAAACGGGACUCCUGAGCCAAAGGCCCGAAAAUUCUGUGAUGCAAGCUUUAGAGUCUCUUAAUGACACACAAGUUAAUGAUUUCCUGAGUGGUAAAUCACCAUUAAAUUUGACCAUGAGGUUAGGUGACCAUAUGAUGUUAAUACAACUGCAACUAUCUACUCUUAACUCAAGUUCUUCAAGUGGGUCCCGAUCUCUGCGCACGUCUACUCCCGCAAAGAGUUCCACAUCAUCAGUACGUACAAAAAGUGACAAUAGAGAAUCGCCUGGCCCUCAGAGUACCCCUCAAAAAGUAAUAGACAAUGAUGACCCUAAUGAAAACACAGAUAAACAAAAACAGGAACAUCAAAAUCAUAUUCUUCAAAAACAAGACUUAGAAAUGCUACAGAAUGCUUUUGAUUUAUAUAGGUCUAUGGCUGAAGAGAAAUAUACUGACAAAUCAGAAAGCUGUGAAGAAAAAGAUGAAUCAGUUGACACAACAAAUUGCACACUCUCAGAUCUAUCUGACACAUCUGUUGAAAAUGAACAGUCACCUAUAAAGUCUUUAUCGAAUUUGGUUUCUAGUCCUAUAGACGUGUCUACCUCUGAAAGCAGAGAAAGCAGUCUGGUAAACAGUGUAAAAAACAAUUUGAUCGACAUGUUAUCCCAGAAUAAACAAAGCAACAAUGUGAUACCUUCAACAAGUGCCAUUAGUGACAAACCCAGUCCGUCUACAUCGUCUCAUACACCUGAUAGUUCAUUUAGUGAUGACAGUGACAACUUCACUGACCAAAGUUCAUUCCUAGCUGAAAGCACAAUAGAUGAAUAUCCAAUGGAGAAUUUAUUUAAUAGUGCUGUGGAUAAAGGUUUAUUUGAAGAUCAGGAUGAGUCUAUGAUGGACAGGGAGAUAUCAAACCUAGCGACCACAAGUCACGGGAUGCAGGAACCGACUGGCACACUGCCUUCUUUCCAGAGUAUAAAUGAACCAUUAAAAAAUAAACGCUUCCAGUACUUACUUCAUAAAACAUCUAAAUUCAAACAUCCCAUAGGUCAAAAUAAACAAAAAGCAUUCAUGCAGUCUGUAGUGAAUAAACAUAAAAAAAGGAUGCAAAUUAGACAAGAUAGUAAUUUAGUUCAGCCUUCCACAUCAAGAACUGAGCCGUAUAUAACAAAUUCUCGGAAACUUAUUUUGCAACCAAGCAGUGGUCCCGCUGAAGACAAUGCCACUCCUUCCACAUCAAAACAGGUCCCAUUUAAAGCUCCUGAUGCCCCAAAAAAGCCUCAGAGAGUGUCCCCCACACCAACUGUUGACACUAAGGCACUUAUAGAAGCAUCAAAGAAUUUAACUCAAAAAUUAAAGAAGUUAUCGAAAGAAGUGUUGACAAAUAAAAUUGAUCUCCGAACCGCUGAGGAAUCAGUGCGCUCGAAAAUAGGACCUGGAGCUGUGAUAGAGUCAAUGAAGCACCAUGGAAAGGGAAUAUAUUCGGGUACAUUUUCAGGAACUUUAAAUCCUGCUUUACAAGACAGAUACGGCCGGCCUAAAAGGGAUAUUUCGACUAUCAUUCAUAUACUGAAUGAUUUGCUCUGUGCAGCACCCCCAUUGCCUUUGUUACAGAAAGACAACAAACACUCCUGUACAUCAAGCUUACUAGACGAGUCCAACAAAUGUUUAGGAUGUAGUCAGCCCUCCUGCUCAUACGGCCAGUGUGAUGGCCACCUCCCUUCCACAUCUACUGCUGAAACCAAAAUUUGUUCUUGCAAAAAUGUAAAAGACUGUCAGUGUAAUAGACUCAAACCCGGUGUUUGUUCGUCAUGUUCGAGCAAAUCAAGCUCCGGUGAUAUGUGCAAGAAAUGUGAUACUGCCAAAACUCUAGCCAUGGAGAAUUCAAAGACUAAAUGUAAAUUGGAACAAUUAAGACUCGUUAUGCAGCAAAAGAAACAGCGACGCGAAGCCAGAAAGUUAAAAACGCUUCCAUACACAAAAUCGCCGUCUAAAACGUUAGCGCCAGCGGAGCAGUCGCCUCCUAUACCAGAAGAAAUAGAAACAGUUGCUUAACACGCAAUAUUAUCGUAAUUCCACACAUGCUAUUUCCGUGCAUUAAAACGCCGCCAUUUUGUCAUGAUGCUUUUGUAUGAAAAUUACAAUUUACAGGCGUCAUCAAUAGCGUUUACCAUCUAUUAGCGUGGCGUUAAUGCACUUCAUUUGCAUACAGGAUAUUUUCCAAGUGCAACAGUAUUGUGAUUUAAGACCUGAUAUAUGACUGUCUCAAGUUGGAAACCGGCCAUGCGUAUCUAAAGGUGUUACAUGACGGCGUUCCCUUCAUUGACCAUGUAUAGUGUCAAGUGCGCAUUUAAAAUACGAAUACAAAGUAUUCUCUUUUGAAAUAUGCUAAAUGCGAAUGUAUGCAUGUAGAUAAUUAUAGUUUUGUAGUAACUGGAAAGAAAGGCUGAAACUUCCUCUCGCAUUUAGGUGAACGAUAACUAGCUCUCGAUGUUGAGAUUGGAUUGUUUCCAUCAGCUAUUUUUCCAUGAUAUUGUAAAGAUGUACAGUAUGCUUUAGAUACGUAUGCAUGAUGAAUGUGAUGAGUGAUGAAGUUUGCAUGGCGGGCUAAACCCGAUUAUAUUCUAAAUUACCAUUUGACUAAGUUUGGGGUGUAGAGAUAUAUUGUAAGUGCUAUUAUACCCAUGUACAAAUGAUAAAGAUUGAUAAAUAGCGAAAUCACUAGUGUAUAGUAUAGUAGUAACCAGCUAAGGUCCUCCGAUAUUGAAUUGGUUUUUGUUGUUAUAUUUUAGAUUAUAUUUUAUUAUAUUAUUGGUUCAGUCAACUUUUUCGACACUUGUACAUUUAGUUGUUUAUAUUUAAAUAAAUUUGAAAACCAUUCUGAAAAUUGACUAAUGGUAUAUGUAAAUGUAUCCUUGAUAAUUUAUUUAGAUCAGACAUGUUACAAGUGGACAAAAAUUUGUUUACGUGAUUAUUAUAAAAAAGUAAUUUUGAAACAUUUACUAGGAUUAAUUGGCACUGUUAUUUUUAAAGUUUUUCAUUGUUUUCUUUUCUCCUUACACGGUUAUGUUGUUAAAUUUAAUAAAUGUUUUCCAUUGCACGUUUAUUA